CGAACGUAGUUCGAAUAGAACACUCGAUGAGGAACGAGGAUUUUAGUGCAUAGCUUGUGCAUAAUGCAAUUUACACUUUCAGGCAGGAUGCGAUACUCACUACUUUGUAUGCUUGUACUUUCAUGCAAUACAGCAUUCUCCACAAUCGAUGUAAGAAAACAUCCUAGCUGGUCGUUAUUGGAGCAAAAUAAUUGCGGUAAUUCCAACAGCGAUCGCAUUAUUGGUGGUAAAAAUGCCAGCCUCGGCGCGUAUCCUUGGAUCGCGAGAAUAGGAUACAGCAUGCCGAAUGCUAAUGACUUAAGCUACAGAUGCGGCGGUACAAUAAUUAGUCGACGAUACGUAGUCACGGCUGCCCAUUGCGUAGUGAAUCUACCUGAAAAUUUCAAGGUUGGUGGAGUUCGUUUGGGCGAACACAACAUCCUCACUGAUCCCGAUUGUGAGCAAGGAUAUUGUGCGGAGUCAGUGCAAGAUUUCCUGCCCGAAUCGGUAAUUGUCCACGAGAGUUAUAACAAGCCGGAAUAUAAAAAUGACAUAGCCAUAAUACGAUUGAACAAACCGGUGAUUUAUAACGAACACGUAAAGCCGAUUUGCAUGGUGAACGGUGAACUCCUCAGUAAGAACUUCGUCGGCGAAACAGCGGAGGUCGCCGGUUGGGGAAUUUUUGAUAUCAAUGACCCGAAACCUAGCAUGAUCCUGCAGACUGUCAAGCUGCCGAUCGUCGAGAUGGACGGAUGUGUGAUAGCUUUCAAGAGAUAUGCAGAAGUAUCGGAGGAUCAGCAGAUGUGCGUGGGUGGCGUUCCUGGUCACGAUUCCUGUGGUGGUGACAGUGGUGGACCUCUGAUGCAAGUUAACAGCCUGAAUGGGCCUCCUAAAUAUUACUUCGUCGGCAUCGUUUCUUUCGGCGCAAAAUCCUGUGGCGCUUCCAAAACACCUGCUGUCUACAGCAGGGUUGCGGCGUACACUACAUGGAUCUUGAACACCAUACAUCCCCCGGGAGAUCAAUGUACGGUCGACAGCCAGGUGGGAACAUGCAUAAAAGCACGAGACUGUACAUUAGUGUCCAACAUUCUGCAGCAAUCGCGGGAGCAGGCCAUCAACUACCUGAGACGCAAUCAUUGCGGUUUCGAAGGCUCAAAUCCUUUGGUGUGCUGUGUCAACAGCGAGAGUAUCAGCACCCCUCCAAGCGUCGUGACGAACCCUACAUUGAAUCCAAACAGGAACUCGGAAUCAUCCUCUUCGCCUAUCGAAAAUUUCCAGGUAGACCUGACAAAUAAUCCAUUGCUGUCGAACGAUUGUGGUCGCGAUCUGUCGCAGAGGAUUAUCGGUGGCGAAAUUGCUGAGCUGGACGAAUUUCCUUGGAUGGCGCUGGUGGAAUAUCAAAAACCAAAUGGUAGAACGACAGCAUGCGGCGGUGUUUUAAUAAGUAAACGCUAUGUCCUUACUGCCGCUCAUUGCGUCAAGGGCAAGGACUUACCAACCACCUGGCGCCUGUCCAGCGUCCGCCUGGGCGAAUACAACACCGACACCGAGAGGGAUUGCGUGGCGGAUAGUGAGACUACUGAGAUAUGUGCCGAUGAUCCAAUAACCGUAGGUGUGGAAGAACAAAUCGCUCAUGAAAAUUACCGGCCCACUUCGCGGGAUCAACGUUAUGAUAUUGCAUUACUACGUCUCAGCCGUGACGUGCAAUUUACAAGUUACGUUCAGCCCAUCUGCCUGCCGUCCAGUUCGUCGCUCGGUGGCAGGCUCAUCGUGGCCGGUUGGGGCAAGACGGAAACCAGCUCGGCUUCGAAUAUUAAAUUGAAGUUGGCCUUGCCUUUGGCGGAGAAGAGCCAGUGCGAUCAAACCUACUCCAGCGCUGGAGUUCGGCUGGGACUAGGACAGAUCUGUGCAGGUGGUCAGAAAGGCAAAGACUCAUGCCGAGGUGAUUCGGGUGGUCCCCUGAUGUCUCUCGAAAGGAUCCCCAAUGGUACCGGCAAAUGGACUGCUGUAGGCGUUGUAUCCUUUGGACCAUCGCCCUGCGGCAUGCAGGGAUGGCCUGGCGUAUAUACGAAAGUGUCAGACUUCGUUCCUUGGAUUCUUAACAAUAUGAGGCGAUAAAUGAGACACUACAUUAUUUUGUGAAAUAUCGUUUGACUAUUGCUUGGAAAUGAUUUUAUAAAAAAGAAGUUGAUGAACAA